AUGAUUAUGGUGAUGAUGAGAAUGAUGAUGACAGUGAUUAUGAAGAUGAUUAUUGUGAUAAUGGUGGUGACGAUUGUGUUGAAGAUGAGGAUAAUGGAUGAUUAUGGUGAUGAUGAGAAUGAUGAUGACCGUGAUUAUGAAGAUGAUGAUGAUAAUAGUGAUUAUGAGGAUGAUGGUGAUUAUGAGAAUGAUGAUCACAGUGAUUAUGAUGAUGAUGACAGUGAUUAUGAGAAUGAAGAUGACAGUGAUUAUGAAGAUGAUUAUUGUGAUAAUGGUGGUGUAGAUCGUGUUGAAGAUGAGGAUAAUGGUGAUGGCCAUGAAUAUGAAGAUGAUGAUAAUGAUGAUGAUGAUAAUAGUGAUUAUGAGGAUGAUGGUGAUUAUGAGAAUGAUGAUCACAGUGAUUAUGGUGAUGAUGAUGACAGUGAUUAUGAUGAUGAUGACAGUGAUUAUGAUAAUGAAGAUGACAGUGAUUAUGAAGAUGAUUAUUGUGAUAAUGGUGGUGACGAUUGUGUUGAAGAUGAGGAUAAUGGUAAAGACAGUGAAUAUGAGGAUGACGAUAGUGAGUAUUAG